AUGGGCAUAACCAUAGUUACAAUUCUUUUGCAAUCGUUGCUUCUGACGAUUCUAGUAGUUUCUUGCCUAGCAGUGAAGAAACGACGCUUUGUUCCCACAAUCCUUAUCCUUGGACGAGCACAUGGCGAUUCAGUCGCAGUCUACCGGCUUUUGACAAACAUGACCACAGCUCAUGAUCAGCAACACACUGCACUCCUUGUCAACACAGGGUAUGUGCACCUCUUAAACUGUAUUGCCAGAGUGGCGUGCGUACCUCCAAGUCAUAUAGACUCGGCUAUUGCUGAUUCACUCCCAAAUGUCUAUUUAGCACAUACAAUGCUAGUAGUAUACAUUGCAGGUCCAGUAGAUCUGGAUAAAACUGUAGAUGAUAUUCUAAAACUCCUUAAAAUUGUUUCCAUUGGAUGCGAGAUUGUAGUCAGCACUCGUUCAAAAGAAUUAGAGUUGCUGCGAACUGUGCUUAGCCCCAGACUAGCUAAGGAUCUUCCCAACGAAGCAUCAAGAGUCGUCUAUGCUACAGGAGAUCCACAAGACGACUGGCGUGAACUGCUAGCAGCUAUAUGGAGACAUACAUGA